AUGACUAUGCGAUCAUCUUCACCUUCGUCCUCUUCUUCUUAUUCACUCGCUUUCACAAGUUUGAGCAAUAGGCUUGAGACCAUCUUCAAGAAAGCUUCAGAGCUUUGCACUCUUUGUGAUAUCGAAGCCUGCGUUAUCUAUUACGGACCAGACGGAGAACUUAAGACAUGGCCUAAGGAGAAAGAGAAAGUGAGAGACAUUGCUCUUAGGUAUAGUCUAUUGAACGAAGCAUUGAGACGCAAGAAAAGCGUUAAUCUUCAUGGGUUCCUGAACAAGAAGAAGAACAAGGGUUUGAAGAAUCCGAACAAGAAGAUGAAGACGAGUCUUAAGAACGUGAAUAUUUUAAAGUAUCCACUCGCUGAUCAUUACCCUCCCGACCAAGUUUCUCCACUGAUUCAGUCCUUGGAACUCCAUGUCUCUAAAUUCCAAGAAAGGCUUCGAUUUCUUGAGUCGCAGAAACAGAAUCAGACAAAACCGGAUCAUCAGAGUUUAACACCAUCCUCUCUGAAUCAUUACACCCAAUCUUUGAACCCUAGCCAGUUCUCGCUGUUUAUGUAUAACCAUGGAGACAAUACUCUGUCUCAGAUCCCAGUCUCUGCAUCAAAUUUCAAUCAGGAUUAUUUCUCAGCGUUACUUGAAGAAUCUGAGUUGAAGAAUCAGUUAAUGAAGCCGGAGAUUUGUGGUUAUGAUCAGAAUCAGAACAUGAGCAUGGGUGACAUCACAAACAACAAAUUUCAAGAUCCUUGCGUCUCAAACAAAGAAGCGGUACAAGAAUCUGUCAACAACUUUGGGUUGAAUCAAUUGAUGUACAAGGAGUUUUAUGGUUGUGAUCAAAACAUGUCUAUGGGUAACAUCAAUAGCAACAGCUUUCAAAAUCCUUGCGUCUCAAACACACAACAUUACUCGGCGGUAGAAGAAUCUGUGAAGAACCCCUGGUUGAAUCAGUUAAUGCAGAAUGAACUUUACGGUUACGGUUAUGCAGGCUUUUGUUAA